CCUACGAGUUCAGACGUGAGUUUUUAUUUAAUAGUGAAAAAAUAAAAUCUUCCCUCUUUUGGUGCGAUGGAGUCUUUGGAUCCUGGAGUUUCCCGAGUGGUGGUCGAAAGAGGCUAAUUUUGGCCUCUAUGCGGUUAUGUUCCGGUAUUUUUACUUAGCCACUCAAUUGCAUUCUCGCAGCUUCAUUCUUUCAAUAUAGCUCAUUGUUAUAGAUGAUCAAAAGUCUUAGCAAUUAGAUCAACUAUGGAACUGCAAGAUGAUAUGAGUUCUAUUUUAAAAAGUUAUUCAUUAAAUUUGAACUCAAAUUUUAAAGAAAAUUAUUGCCUUCAACCAUUUGAAUGUAUGCAUGACGACCGAAAGACUUAGCUGAACGCCCUAAAAGUGAUAACAGAUAGAGACUAGAUAUCAUAACCUGCAGUAUGAUUUUUUGUUCGCAAUCAGGCGAUUUGGACAUCGCCAACAUUCACCAGUUAGUGUUCAGAAGUCUCUGAUAACGGAAGUCAAAACGCGGGCAAAAUGAAACACGAGCAUCACACCGGAAGCUGGUCCAUGAAAUGGAUAAAGUUUUUUUUAUUCAUGAUUAAUGUGAUGUUUGUGUUUACUGCAGUACUGGUGAUUUCUACCGGAGUGGCUAUUCAGUCCGUGUAUAGCGAUUUCACAAGCUUUAUCGAUGAGCAAUUUUAUUCACCUACGUUUAUGUUUAUUUCUGUGGGUAUGAUAACGCUGUUGAUUGCUGCAUUCGGAUUUAUCGGAACGAUACGGGAAAGUUCGCUUCUAAUCAAUAUAUAUUGUGGAAUUUUGUCAGUUGUCGUUUUACUCGAAGUGACCGCAACUUUAGUUGGCAUCUAUCAUCGUCAAGAAGUUAGCGGAAUUCUUAUGGAAUCUAUGAGUAGCUGUUUGCAACAUUAUCCAUGGAAUAAUAACAUGCAAGAUUCGGUUGAUUAUAUGCAAAUCCAGUUGAAAUGUUGUGGUGUUAUAAGCUACAAAGAUUGGAGCGAUGUACUCACAGUAGACUUACUGAACGAUGAUUUGAAAUCACAACUCCCUGCUUCUUGUUGCACUGCCUACCUUGGUGGUAAUUGUGUCCCGUUUCAAGCAGGAUGUCAUGCUAAGAUGUAUUCAAUUCUUGAGCAUUGUUCCCGAACGAUUAUUAGUGGAAUUCUGGUAGUGGCUUUUGUUCAGAUAUCCGCAGCGAUGUUCGCUUUUGCCCUUGGGAAGCGGAUACGACAAAUGAAAACUAAAUCUUCCCUAGAUGAGCUGAAACACGCAAACAUGAUCUACACCUUCGACUAUAAACUGCUAAACGAGAGUUCCGUUCAAAUACCGAAGAGUUAGAAACUUUGAGUGAACUUUGCGGCUUUAUUUAUUUAUCGUGUAAUAAACUUAUGGUAAAAUACAUACAA